AUGGAGAAAGAAUCCGAGAAAGAGGAAACUCACGACCAGGAGGAUGAGGAACAAAUAGAUGCAUUUGGUGGUUAUCUGAGGAUCUUUCAAUAUGGCUCGUCCAAGGACUAUACCAUGCAAGCUAUUGCCACUGCCUGUGCACUGGGGUCCGGUGUGGGCAUGGCUCUUGUCAAUCUUGUGUUUGGCCAGUUCAUCACACUCAUCAAUGGCUACUCUCUCGGUGAUAAGGAUGCUUCGAAGUUCCGAAGCGAAGCCGGACGACUCAGUCUCUACUUCUUCGUCAUUGGCCUUUGCCGAUUUUUCCUCACUUAUGGAUACAGCACACUAUAUACAUUUGCCGCAUAUCGGAUCAUACGAAAUAUUCGCCGCCGGUACCUGAAAGCAGGACUGAGCCAGGAAAUUGCCUUCUUUGAUGCCGGGACAAGUGGAUCAAUUGCGAUGCAAGCUACCUCAAACGGACGACUUAUUCAGGGUGGAAUAUCAGAAAAGCUGGGACUUGUUGUCCAGGGCCUCUCCGCUUUUAUCUCGGCCUUCGUUCUGGCAUUCGUCACACAAUGGAAGCUGGCUCUCAUUUGCUGUUGUAUUGCCCCAGCAAUGCUUCUAGCCAUGGGAAUCAGCUCCACCAUUGAAGCUUCGAUUGAGACAAAAGUCCUCAAAGUUCAGGCCCAGGCUGGAGCUUUCGCAGAGAGCAUCUUGUCCAGCUCUCGAACAGUACAGGCUUUCGGACUUCGAAGCCAACUGUUACAUGAGUUUGACAAGUUCUUGCAGGCUUCGAGAAAGCUUGGAAAUAAGAAAUCUCCUCUUUUUGGCUGCCUAUUUGCCACAGAGUACACCAUAAUAUUUGCAGGGUUUGGCUUGUGUUUUUGGCAGGGUAUAAAAAUGAUAUCCACCGGAGAGGUCAAGGAACCUGGAGAAGUUUUCAUUGUGCUCAUGUCCGUGGUUGUGGCUGCUACAAGCUUGACCACUAUAAUGCCUUAUAUAAUUGAUUUUGUUCGUGCUGCCUCUGCCGCAUCAGAGCUAUUCCAGCUCAUGGACCGGAAGUCGAGAAUCGAUCCAUUCAACGAGUCAGGGGAAAAGCCGACAGACGUGAUGGGUCAUCUCGAUUUCGGUAACGUCUCGUUCGCUUACCCUACGCGCCCCGACGUCAAGGUGUUGAAUGAUUUCUCACUACACAUCCCUGCGGGGAAGACAACUGCGCUCGUCGGAGCAAGCGGGUCUGGCAAGAGCACCAUCAUUGGGAUGAUUGAAAGAUGGUAUAACCCUAUGUCAGGAACAAUCAAGCUUGAUGGUCAGCCCGUCGAGCUGUUCAACCUCAAAUGGCUACGUCAGCAGGUGAGGCUUGUUCAACAGGAGCCUGUUUUGUUUGCCGGCUCAGUCGCUGAAAACAUUGCCAAUGGCCUUGUGGGUACGCCUUGGGAGGGUGAACCCCCGAUUGAGAAGCUUUCCCGGAUACAGGACGCUGCUAAGAUUGCUUUUGCCCAUGAUUUUAUCACUGAACUUCCUAAUGGGUAUGAUACCGUCAUUGGGGAGAGAGGUGGUCUGUUAUCUGGUGGUCAAAAGCAACGCGUUGCAAUUGCUCGCAGCAUUGUUUCCCAGCCACGAAUUCUUCUUCUGGAUGAGGCAACAAGUGCACUUGAUCCUCAUGCCGAGGAAGUUGUUCAACAGGCACUAGACAAUGCUUCGAAGGGACGCACAACAAUCACCAUUGCACACAAACUAGCCACUAUAAGAAAUGCUGAUAAUAUUGUCGUCAUGGAAAAUGGCCGUAUUCUCGAGCAAGGUACGCAUAACGACCUUUUGGAAUCGAAUGGCGCCUACGCACGACUGGUGCAAGCUCAGGAUUUGUCUGUGGGCACGCAGGAUCCUGAAGAUAUCCCAAGUAGCUCGGAUGAAACGAACAAAGAAGAUCAUGUUGCAUUGACUAGUGAAUUGACCCGGUACUCAACUAUGACGAGAUCAGCUUUGGAGAAGCAGUUGAGUCGGGAUGAUUUUGACAAUUGGGAAAGAUUGGGGCUUCUCCACACAGUCUGGCGAUUGGUAAAAUCGACCCCAGAGCUCAAUUGGACUUUCGCGGUUCUAAUUCUAGCUUGUUUGGCAGGAGCUGCUUCAUUUCCUGGUCAAGCGAUUUUGAUGUCUAAGUUCAUCGGCGUAUUUCAAUUCACAGGUGCAGCUAUGCGGACAAAAGGGAAUUUUUUCGCUCUCAUGUUUUUAGUUCUCGGGCUUGGAUCUUUCGUCGUCUACUUUGUUAUAGGGUGGACAUCAAACAUUGUGGCACAGGCAAUGAGCCACAAAUACCGAAAGCAGGUCGUCAACGACAUGAUGAAGCAAGACCUGCAAUUCUUUGAUCGCACGGAGAACACCACAGGGGGACUGACCAGUCGUGCCGACUCUUAUCCACAGGCUGUGUUUGAGCUCAUGGGCUUCAAUAUUGCUCUGAUACUGGUUGCAACGACUGGUGUGCUGUCAUGCUCCAUCCUAUCAAUUGUAUAUGCAUGGAAGCUUGGCCUUGUCAUUGUCUUAGCAGGACUUCCACCCAUGCUCCUUUCCGGUUACGCCCGCAUCAGAAUGGAAGCUGCAAUGGAUCACAAGAUUUCAAAGUUGUUUUCCAAGAGUGCAUCCAUUGCCUCAGAGGCCGUGAAUGCAAUCCGUACGGUGUCUUCUUUGGUGAUCGAAACGUCUGUUUUGGAGCGAUACACCCAGGAGCUUGACCGGGCGAUUGCGACGUCCACGAAGCCAGUGCUUUUCAUCAUGCUUCCUUUUGCAUUCACUCAGACUGUUGAAUACUCGUUCCUGGCACUUGGUUUCUGGUAUGGAUGUCGGCUUGUCUCAUUCGGAAAUUUGAGCGAGGUCAACUUUUAUAUCAGUUUUCUAAGUGUGUUCUUUUCUGGCCAGCAAGCGUCAAUUCUUUUUGGAUUUUCAAGCAGCAUGACAAAGGCAACCAAUGCGGCCAAUUACAUAUUUUGGCUUGAAGAGCUUCAGCCGACCAUCCGAGAGACCGAAGAAAACCACGACAUUGGCCCUGGUGACUUCAAGUCGCUGCACUUGGAAAACUUGCAAUUCUCUUACCCGUUGAGACCCCACGCUCGCGUACUACGUGGCCUUGACCUUCAUAUAAAAAAAGGUCAGUUUGUCGCAUUCGUCGGCGCAUCUGGCUGUGGAAAAAGUACGAUGAUUAGUAUGCUCGAACGAUUUUAUGAUCCAGUAGCCGGCCACAUCAAAGUCGACGCCCUUACUUUGGACCGCAUGAAUCCGUGGCUGUACCGAGGCCAAGUGGCACUUGUUCAGCAAGAGCCCACUCUCUAUCCCGGAACCAUUCGCGAAAACGUCUCCAUGGGGACACCGACGGGUUGCGCAUCAACGGUUCCUGACAGUGAUAUUGAGGCUGCCUGCCGGGCCGCUAACGCGUGGGAAUUUAUAUCUUCUCUGCCUGAAGGCCUUAUGACUCUCUGUGGAACCAACGGGACACAGCUUUCUGGUGGGCAACGUCAACGCAUUGCCAUUGCCAGAGCGUUGCUCCGCAAUCCACGUUUACUCCUCUUAGAUGAAGCAACAAGCGCAUUGGACACUCAGUCAGAGAGAAUUGUCCAAGAUGCGCUGAAUGAGGCGGCUUCCCAGGGGGAUAGAAUCACGAUUGCAGUUGCCCAUCGCUUGUCGACUAUUCGCCACGCGGAUAUGAUUUGCGUGUUUGAUGGGGGCAAGAUCGCCGAGUCUGGAACCCAUGAGGAAUUACUGCGCAAAGGUCGACUUUAUCCGAAGAUGUGCGAGGCUCAGAACCUAGGCACUUGA